CAGGCAGCAGCUGCUGAACAGCCCAGACAUUGCGCAGGAUACAGUAUAGCUGGGGAACAGCGAGCGAGUUACGGUAGUUUUCCUAGCACUUGAGUUGGUAUAGUGCAUGAAAUAAAUGACUCUUUGGAAAAAGCUCAUGUGUUAGGGCAGGGGUUUCUCGGAAUAACGCAAAAAUGGACGAAGUUGCCAAACGUAAGUAACCUGGGAAAAUGUAUGGCUGUUUAGUGCAGUCAACAGUAGGCAACAAAUAUGGCUUCGUGUGCCUUUUCCUAUUUGUUAUAAAAAAUUGCUGUCCCAUGCCAUUAGAUGUCAUGGCUGUUCUGCUGAAUUCAUACAAGUGACAAUUAGGAAGUUAGUUCCUUGUUCGCUUAUCGGGCAGGGGGGUCAUUUUGGAGAAAUAAAGCCAAGGAUACGUUAGCUAACCAGUCUGCUAACGUUAGCUAGUUAGCUACCGAACUAAAGCGAACGGCAAUGGAGCCAAAGCACAAAGAGUUGUUAGACCAAUGCCACCAAAACUUGCUGGACUCAAUAACUGACGCAGACCGGCUGAUAGAGUUGCUGAUACUCUCCGGUACUCUAAGCCAGCUCGACCGCUUCGAACUGGACCAAAACUGCUCUUCCAGCGCGGAGAAAGUGGACCAGCUUUUGAAGAUGCUUGUGAACAAGGAAAGCGACCAUUUCCUCGAACUGUGUGUGGCCUUGGAGAAGACGUACCCUGAGCUGUAUUCUGCACUCUUUACUAACGGCGGUGGACCCGUUGACCAUUCGUCUGGCUCUACAUACAGUGUUCUCUCCACCAUGCCCUCAGACUCUGAGAGUAGCAGCUCCCUAAGCAGUGUCGGUUCACCCCCCGGUACCGGUAAUGGCUCAGCCUCGUCUCCGCCCCCAGCCCUCAACGACAACCGGCCAGCCGGUGACAACCUGGACACCAUCCUGUCCCAGCUGCGUCAGGUGACCCGUGAGAGGGACGAGCUCCGCAAGCGCCUGGCCCUGGCAACACCCGGCACCACCUUCGACGACUGCAGGCCAAAUUCCAAAGCCAGCCAUGAUUACGAGCGUCUGAAAAACCAGUGUAUGAGGGCCAUGGCAGAUCUCCAGUCUCUACAGAACCAACACACCAAGACUCUGAAGAGAUGUGAGGAGGCUGUCAAGGAGGCUGACUUCUACCAUAUACUCCACAGCCGUGUGUUAGGAGACCAGUCUCAGCUGAAGGAGGAGCUGGAGGUGUUGAGGAGAGACAACACUCAGCUGGUCAGGGAACACAACCACCUGAAGCAGAGCUGUGAGGAGCUCCGCAGGCUGCACAGCGAUGACCAGAAGGAGGUGGCUGACAUGAGGCUGCAGCAGCAAGAGGUGAUGAGAGAGAACGGUUCCUCAGAGGUUCUCAACAAGCUGUACGACACAGCCAUGGACAAGCUGGAGGGGGUGAGGAAGGAAUACGAUUCGCUGAGCAAACGCUACGGUGAGAAAGUUGCCAAUCACAACACGGACCUGAGCAGGCUGGAGCAGGCGGAGGAAGAGAACAGACGACUACAGAAACAGAUGGACACAUUGCUGAAACAACGAGACAAGGCCAUACACUACCAACAACAGUGCUCUACGUCCAUGAGGAGGUUUGACUCUGUACAACAGGAGCUGGACAAGUCUUCAGCCCAGAACAAGGUGCUGCAGAGGGAGAUGGAGCGGCUACAGUCGGAGGUGAUGCGCUGUAAGAACUUCCAGCUGAAGGCAGUAAAGGACUGUGAGAAGUACAAGGAGGAGAGAGACUCUGUGUUCAACGAGUAUAGGCUCAUCAUGAGCGAGAGGGACCAGGUGAUCAAGGAGCUGGAAAAGCUGCAGACGGCGCUGGAGGCUGCAGAGGCCCGCCUCAAAAACACCUCUUCUGAAAGGAUGGUGGCCAGCGAGGAGACGGAGGCUCUCAGACAGGAGCUGAACUCGUCAUUGGUGGAUCGGGACAGAGCAAUCUGUGAGAGGAACGAGCUAUUGGAGAAGUACUGCCACGAGGUGAAGGACAAGGCUGAGGCCCAGAAGGAGUUGAGCCAGGCCUGUAAAGACAUCGAGACGGUCCGGGAGGAGAGAGACGUGGCCCGCAAGGAGAGGACAGAGGCUAUCAUACAGAAGGAACAGCUACUGAGAGAAUACUACCAGGCUAGACAGAAACAAGAUUCUGCCACCCUGGACAUAGAGCGGGUCAACAAGGAGAUGGAGGUGUUGAGGAAGCAGUACGAAGCCAUGUCCCAGGAGCUGAAGGAGGCCACGCAGGAGGCUGAGGUGGCCAAGUGUCGACGUGACUGGGCCUUCCAGGAGAGAGACAAGAUAGUGGCAGAGCGAGAGAGCAUACGGACGCUGUGUGAUAACCUGCGUAGGGAGAGGGACCGGGCGGUCAGCGAUCUGGCCGACGCCCUGCGUAACCUUGACGACAUGAGGAAGCAGAAGAACGACUCGUCACGGGAACUGAAAGAACUCAAAGAGAAGAUGGAGAGCCAGCUGGACAAGGAGGCAAGGUUCUGUCAGCUGAUGGCACACAGCUCCCAUGACUCAGCUAUCGACACAGACUCUCUGGAGUGGGAGACUGAGGUGGUGGAGUUUGAGAAGGACGGGGAUGACAUGGAUUUGAGGGCACUUGGGUUUGACAUAGCAGAAGGGGUAAACGAUCCGUAUUUACCAGGAGAUUGUGGAAUAUUUGUGACAAGAGUUGACAGAGGAAGUAUUGCAGAUGGAAGGUUAAGAGUGAACGAUUGGCUGCUGAAGUUAAAUGAUGUGGAUUUGACCAAUAAGGACAGGAAGCAGGUGGUGAACGCGGUGCUUAAUGGAGGCGGACUGAUCAACAUGGUUGUGCGCAGGAGGAAGUCUCUGGGAGGGAGGCUGGUCACCCCCAUACACAUCAACCUAAUUGGACACAAAGACAGUGGUAUAGGUCUGGAGAGUGGCGUGUUUGUGACGGCCCUGGUCCAGGGGAGUCCUGCUGCCAGGGAGGGAUCUCUGACAGUCGGAGACAGACUUAUCGCUAUCAACGGCAUCGCUCUGGACAACAAGUCGGUGACGGAGUGCGAGACUCUGCUGAGGAACUGCAGGGACUCUCUAAGCCUCUCUCUCAUGAAGUUCUUCCCUCACAGUUCAUCGGGCCAGAGCAUCUUCGAGAGCCUGCGGGAGUCAUCGUCCAACGGCCGUCUCUCCGAGGUACUCUCCAGGAACAGCCUCAAACACAACAGCUCCACACAGACAGACAUCUUCUGCCCCGACACAGGAGUGGGUGGUAGUAACGUCAACAUCCCUGGAGAGAGGAGGAAGGGCGGGGCAGGUGAACCUGAGGAGGGGAUGGGGAUGUACGGGGACAUCAGGAAGCCCUUUUCCAUGGGGUCUCUCCACUCAACCAGCCUUCGGCCGUCCUCUGACCUCAGUCUUGGUCCCCCGGGCCGCUACGGACCCAGCGCCUUCCAGGAGUGCUGCUCUGGGUCCCCCUACGCCAAGGCACCUCCACCCCCCAUCACCUAUGACCCCUCUAACCCUGCCGACUGCAUCACCAUGGAGACCACCCUGGAGAGGAAGCAAAGUGGCGGCACCUGGCCCAAGGUGAUCUUAGGUGGGAUGUCCGUCGCCGUGGAUACGACCACAGCGAUGACUCCGACCCAACUGUCCAUCUUCAAGUCGCCCAAACAGAGAAAGUCCAUCUUCAACCCGGAUGCCUUCAAACCACGGCCUGAGACGGCGCCCCAGUCUUCCAAGAUGGAAUACCUGUCGCCCAGUCAGCUGGUGGCCCACUCCCCGCAGCCCUCCAAGACGGAGUCUCUCUCCUCCUCCUCUACGGCCACACCCACCCCUCCAACUCCGCCCACCCGCAACGAUUCGUUCAAAUUCAAACACAAACAGCAGAGCAGCUCUGCCUCCGACUGCACGCUUACCUCCGACUGCACGCUUACCUCCGACGGGGGCAAAGGGGAGGCUGUUGCCAUGGUUAUGGGGGAGAGCAGUUGGGAACGAGAGAGGGACAGGAACGGGAACCACUACUUCCUGGACGGGAAGGUCCUGACACAGAGGAAGUCAUGUGACGAGGACAUUGGUCGAACCAGUGGUGAGGAGCCUGAGGUGAAGAGGCCCCGCCCUAAAUCUGCGCCAGCGCUCAGACGUAGGAUGACCCCCCAGUCCAUCACCCUGCCCUCCUUCCAGAGCUACUCCAAUGAUGACCACUCUCCAGAGCCCAGAGAGAUGCUUCGCUCCUCCCCCAACCGCUCCCACAGACAGAGUGUGGGCUUUGUCCCCACAGUCUACAACGGUGCCCUGCCUGCAAAUUCGGCCCAUCGUGGCCUGGCCCCGUGUCCAGCAGUGACUGCUGUGAUGAGGAACCCAGUAUACACAGUCCGCAGCCACAGAGUCCACACCAACAACUGUCCCUCUGUCUCCUCCCAGAUCUGCCAACACCAGCACAACAACCAACACCACAGUCCGCAGCACCAGGGCCGUCUGAGCCUAGACCUGAGCCAGAAGCGUCCAGCAGCAGACUACUCAUCGUCCUCGUCACGCAGCAGCAGCACCUCCCAUGGUACCAACUCACUACCCUCCAGCGCUCGCCUGGGCCUUGGUUGGUCCAGUAACGUCCAGUACCGGACAGAGAGGAUAAAGAUCCCCUCCACUCCCCGCUACCCUCGGUCCAUGCUGGGUUCUGACAGAGGCUCCCUGUCCCAUUCAGAGUGCAGCAGCCCCAGCCUCAUCACUCCACCCCACUCACCUCUCAACCUGGAGACUUCCUCCUUCGCCAGCAGCCAAUCACAGAGCUCUAUCUCCAUCCUGCCCAGAAUCUCCGUCAGCCCUGUGCAAAUAGGAGAGCGGAGGAAAGACCGGUCUCUGUACAGUAACAGGUCUUUUCUGAGGAUCCCUCUGGCUGCUAGGCCGAGGUUCUCCUCUCUCAGGAGCCUCAGGCCGUACCUGGAGGAACCUCGAAACGUAAUCGUUCACAAAGGGGCGGAGCCUCUGGGCAUCUCUAUCGUCGGUGGCGAGAACGGCGGCAUCUUCGUCUCCAAGGUGACGGGAGGCAGCAUCGCCCACCAGGCCGGCCUGGAGUACGGCGACCAGCUCCUCGAGUAUAACGGUAUUAACCUGCGUAAUGCCACAGAGCAGCAGGCCAGGCUGAUCAUUGGUCAGCAGUGUGACACCAUCACCAUUAUGGCUCAAUACAACCCCCACAUGUACCAGCUGGGAAACCCCUCACGAUCCAGUUCUGGUCUGGAGCCGGUGAGCAGCCAGUUCACGCCCCAGGGCAGUGGAGCCACCACCCCAGACAACCACUCUACUAUAGACACUCUGAGUGAACAGGACGAAGGAACACUCACCCCCUCCUCCAAACAGACCACCCCUACAACUAGUCCUCACAGCUUCAUCAGGGUGUCGUCAGAGGGCAGUCGUAAGGUGUGUGAGCCGCGGGUGGUGACGGUGCGCAGGGCCCAGGGUGCAGAGCUGGGGCUGGGGCUGUGUGGAGGGAACCUCCGGGGGGUCUAUGUAAAGAGUCUGGAGGAGGACAGCCCUGCUAGGGGACCAGAGGGCCUGCAGCCUGGGGACCUCAUACUGGAGUAUGGGUCAGUGAAUAUGAAGAACAAGACAGUGGAGGAGAUGUAUGUAGAGAUGCUGAAGCCGGCUGAGACGGUCUCACUCAGAGUCCAACAACGACCUGACGACUUCAACAUGGUCAAAGACACACCGGGGGACGGCUUCUAUAUCAGAGCACUUUAUGAGCGGACUGCUGAGGCAGAGCUGGACCUGAGUUUUCAGAAGGAUGACAUCCUCUAUGUGGAUGAUACUCUACCAAAGGGCAACUUCGGCAGCUGGAUGGUCUGGCAGCUGGAUGAGAACGCACAGCGGAUCCAGAGAGGACAGAUCCCCAGCAAAUACAUGAUGGACCAGGAGUUCUACCGUAGACACAGUAUGACAGAGCUGAAGGACGACAAGGACAGUAAGAGUCUUUCUGCUGCCGCCAGGAGAUCCUUCUUCAGGAGGAAAAACAAACACAAACGCAGCAGCUCCAAAGACGGCAAGGAACUGGUGGCCCAGGACGCCAUUAGCACAGACUCCAUACCAUUUCUAGAGGACUGUGUGAGCCUGGCGUACCAGCGGGUCCAGAAGGUAGUGUGUGUUUCCUCUAGGCCGGUCGUGAUCCUCGGCCCUCUCUCAGACCCCGUCAAGGACAUGCUGGUUAAAGAGUCCCCCGGGAAGUUCUGCAGAUGUGUCCUGGAGGUGAUGAAGGCAUCCCAGCAGGCUAUAGAGCGUGGAGUCAAAGACUGCCUCUUCAUCGACUACAAACGCAGGAGUGGCCAUUUUGACGUGACCACCGUGGCCUCCAUCAAGGAGAUCACAGAGAAGGACUGUCACUGUCUGCUAGACAUCGCCCCCCACGCCAUUGAGAGGCUGCACAGCGUUCACAUCUACCCUAUCGUCAUCUUCAUCCGCUACAAAAACGCCAAGCAGAUCAAGGAACAGAAGGAUCCAGUGUAUCUGCGGGACAAGGUCUCUCAAAAACAUUCCAAGGAGCAGUUUGAGGUUGCACAGAAGAUAGAGCAGGAGUAUAGCACAUUCUUUACAGGUAUUGUCCAGGGCGGCACUCUGCCCUACAUUUGCACUCAGAUCAUAACUAUAGUUGACCAGGAACAGAGUAAGGUCCUGUGGACUCCCCUUGGCUGCCCCUAGAGGGUGGAGGCCACCACUGCACCCUUCUCCCCUAGAGGGUGGAGGCCACCACUGCACCCUUCUCCCCUAGAGGGUGGAGGCCACCACUGCACCCUUCUCCCCUAGAGGGUGGAGGCCACCACUGCACCCUUCUCCCCUAGAGGGUGGAGGCCACCACUGCACCCUUCUCCCCUAGAGGGUGGAGGCCACCACUGCACCCUGUUACACUGCGCCUCUCCCUCUCCACAACAAACACUACAAAACCUUCCACACUAUACCAAUAGGUACACUACAGUAAGCUACUUCACAUGUAAACUAGAUAUUUUUGUUAUUGUUUUUAGGGUGUUGAUUUGUACCUUAACCAGAGCCUUUUCUUCUCUGUGUAAUCUGUAGCAGGUUGGUAGAACUGACAGGUGGUGUUACACUUCAUUUGGUCUUCCCUAAGGGUUUUAAGGUGGUGUUUCUGUAAAGCUGCAUUGUAAGCAGCCUUUUACAGUUACGAAAUGAGUAUUGUUGUAAAAUGUUCUGCUGGAAUGUGUUAGACCCCCUGACCCAGAAUCAGCCCUUAAAUCAAACCUGUGUAUCAAAUGACAUCACCCUGUUUUACACACCCCGUUCAAUGACUGACAACUAAUAAUGUGGAAUAAUAAUAACUGUGUGCGUAUGAAUCGUGUGUGUACGAGUGAGAGAGAGUAAUAUUAUUGAUGAAUUGUAAUGACUUUGUUGGUUGGAUUGAAACAUGGUCUUUGGUAUGAAGUUGACGCCAUAGAAACGUUACCUGUAGAACAGAUAAACCUCUCCAAGCGAUAUGUCUUAUCGGUCUUCUGUCAAAAAUGUUUUAUCCAAAAGGCGAUUUUGGAUUGGUCAAAUCAAACAAUAUUUUACAGCUUUCAAUCAGACCAAACUUCAGUGUGCAUCACAUGUGUAACUGUGUCAAUAAAUUAAAUUGUGUGUAUAGCAAAGCAAAAGCCAUGUAAAUCACACAUGGCAGUAGCGAAUGGUGUCUGGUCUACUCGUUGCGUUUCUAUGGUCACUGCACGUGAGUGGACAGUUUACGGGCUUAUCGGAAGUGCCUUCCGUCAGAGACAGGCCUCCAUUCCUUACCCUUUCGGAUCUGAUGGAACAGGAUAAGUAGAAGCAAUAUGGCGAUAGGACCUCCCCACUGCCCAUUGGAAGGCUAGCUGGAGCCAUCACCAUGCUGUUCACACCCAUCUGUUACCUUCAGAUCUGCAAACACCAUGAAGUUAACACUAGGGUUGCAAAAUUCCCUGGUGUUCCUGAAAUCCCAGUUGGAGGAUUCCCGGAAUCGGGAGGUGAAUAAGCAGGAAAUCCGUAAUCCGUCAACCUGGAUUUCCGGUAAACCAGGGAUUUUAUUGAAAGUUCAUGGAAUUUUGCAACCCAAGUUAACACUAUAGGUCUGCAAACAAACUAUAGAGCAGGGUUUCCCAAACUCGGUCCUGGGGCCCCCCCAGAGCUUUUUUGGGGAUGAGACAGUACAGAGCGUAUGACAAUGGCAAGGUUGUGAGGGUAGGCCAGACAGCGACCACCUCAGAAUACACUCCAGGGCUAGACAGACCACUGUCUCCAUCACAUAUCUAUCUGUCACAUAUUUAAAGACAAUAUAGAGAAUAUAUAUAUAUUUGUGUGUGUGUGUACAUGCCUCACAGGGGCCUAUGGACAGUAUGCAGAUGAAUUAUUCUAUAGUACAUGUAUUUCAACUAGUUCUCAGGCCUGUGGAAGUUCAGUAGUCAUGUCUUAGCAGGUAUUUGCAUGUUUUUGUCUUUGGUUGUCACCUUUUUUAAAUGUACUCACAAACCAGAAUGACACCAUGGAGCAAAUAUAUAUAUUUUUUCUUAUUCCAUAAUAAAACCAUUUAAAUGUUAGUGAUUAUUAUUUUUUUCAUUUAUUUCAUGUAUUUUUUAUUUUGAAAUGUUUUAUCUAAGAGACACAAACUGCAUCCUAAUGUGCCAAAAUCCAGUACGUCAGUUUGAUCUUCUUUAUUUCUGUGUUGCACUUGUUAUUCUGUGGACCUUAACAAAUAGUUCCUAGGUUUCCCAGUAGACGUUAUAAAUAAAUAGGUACUAUAUCAUUUUUACUAACUAAUUCACAUUUUAAAUGUAUCAUAUUAGUUCCAUACAUUUCAUUGAUGGCCUUAUUAUUCUUUAAUAAUCUUGAUUAGAAAACAACAGACAGAAUGCUCCUCCAUAUUUGCAUUCUCGCUGAAGAAGGGACUUAAUGCACAGUUUUUCAAAGGAAAAUCAGAUCUGAAGUUUGACUAUUGGGCUGUAUGAUAGGCAUAUUCAGUACAAUUGUAAUAUACCUUUUUUGUAGUAGGUAGAGAUGGUUUAAAAUGAGGGAUGCCAUGUGAAAUGGUUGUAUUUCUAAGAAGAAUGACAAGCUGCCCGGUACUGUUCUGCGGUUUUAUUUUUACUUUCUUUGAAAAAUAAUGUGAUAUGUAUCAAAUGUUGAGACAUUAACAUUAGAAUAAAAGUCAUUUUCUCUAUCGCAAUAA